AUCUUCAAAUGUGUAAACUAUUACAGUCAUAUAAGCCUCGAUUUUUCAUGUCACUUCACAUUUCUCCGUAACAGAUUAAGCGAAAUGGAUUUCCCAUUCGUUUUCCAAAAUUCGAUGUGUUAACACCUUUGAAAAUAGUUUUUGUCCAACAUUUUCCGGUACCUAUUUUGUUGUUUCUGAGUUCCUAUUUCUGUAAAUAGGCUGAAUUCCAUUUAGUUGGCCUUUUAGAAGGAAAUUAGGAUACCCUAAACGCUUUUCCCAAGGCAAAAUAAAAUCAUCAUGUGCUGCGGACCCUGUGGACCCCGAUGCUGCGAUCCGUGUGGCGGCUGCUACAACUGCUGCGUGGAACUCUGCUGUGUGCCCUGCACCCCAGCUUACAUCCAAUGCACCUUUAUGCCGUGCGGCCCCAGGGGAUGUUGCUGAAAUAGGGAGGAGUCGGUGCCGAAACACGUCCAACAAUAGUACUUAAAACCCUAAUGUCUUAAUAAACGAAUAUAAUAAAUGUAA